AGCUGUCAUAAUUUGACAAUUUCUCUCUUCGUUUAGCAAGAACGACAAAAGUAAAACAACUAAAUAAAAACCCUAGUUUUGUCUUCUCCUCCAUAGAAUUCCAACAAAAGGCAUCCUUGUCUUCAUGGUAUAUAUAUAUAAUACCACCAAAACCCUAAUCUCAUAGAAUUUGGAUGUCUGGUUUUUCCUCUCCCAAGCAAUAACGAUAAUUAUAGAUAUAUAUGGAGGGAAAUCAGGACAAAGGAGAAGCUUUGCCUCCCGGUUUCCGAUUUCAUCCGACCGAUGAGGAGCUGAUUUCGUAUUACUUGAUGAAUAAGAUUGCCGACGCAAAUUUCACUGGAAAAGCAAUUGCCGAUGUUGAUCUCAACAAAUCCGAACCCUGGGAACUUCCCGAGAAGGCGAAAAUGGGAGGGAAAGAAUGGUAUUUCUUCAGCCUACGUGACCGGAAGUAUCCGACGGGGGUGAGAACGAACCGAGCAACGAACACGGGAUACUGGAAAACCACAGGAAAAGACAAGGAGAUAUUCAACAGCACAACCUCGGAGUUGGUCGGGAUGAAGAAGACUUUGGUUUUCUACAGAGGAAGAGCUCCUAGAGGCGAGAAGACGAGCUGGGUCAUGCACGAGUACCGUAUUCACUCCAAAUCCUCCUACAGAACCUCCAGGCAAGACGAAUGGGUUGUCUGUAGAGUGUUCAAGAAGAGCGAAGGAACAAAGAAGUAUACAACUAACAAUCACACGACAAGAGCUUCUUCAACCACAAAUCCUUACAUUGAAAUCUCACCAAAUCUCCUUCCACCCCCUCCACAGUCAUUAAUCCAUUCCCAGGACCACACAUUCAACCGAACCCUAAUGGCUAAUGCUCAGCUGGCCGAGCUCUCUCGUUUCUUCCGAGCCUCGACCAGUGCCAUGGCUGCGGCUGGUCCAAUGGGCUCGCAACAAACUCUGCAGCAUCAGCUGAGCUACCAGCUAGCCGGAGGGCCAAGCAACUUGCCAGGCUCGGGUCUGAACCUUAACCUCGGUGGAGCGCCCGUGCCGCUGGAGGAUGUGGCGGUUGGCGAGCCGGGGAUGGGAGGUGGUGGGAGCACUUCGUUCGCGGUGGCGGAGAAUGGGUUCGGUGGUGGGGUGGAGAUGAACCAUUGCAUGGACUUGGAUGGGUACUGGCCUUCGUAUUGAUGAAUUUGAAGUCGAUAUAAGUUUAUGUUUUCUUUUUGGUAAGUUUAUAUAUAUAAAAAGAUCUUAGAUGUUAUGUUUUGUUUGGUAAGAAAGUUCAUUGGUUUCUGUUUU